AUGAAGAAAAGGCCUGACGUUCCAACAGAAGAUUUCUUGGACAAAACGGACAUUUCUACCAGUAUCCAAUCACCAGAUCAAAUGUCGUCAAAGUUCAUCGACAGGUUUAUCCGUUUGAAAACUCCAUAUUGGAACAGAGGAUUUUCAAUUGUUAUUCUCACGUUUAAUAAUUUAAAAUGUCAUAUUACAAAAAUACCGAGAAUAAAGAGUGUCCAAAGUCCGAAUUGCUGUUUUCUAUUGUUUAGACUGUUUAGAUACUGUUCAAACACAGCGCUACGUUCUUCUGGAAUCUCCUUAAGACGGUCAAUCAUAUCGGACUUCCCAUGGAAGUCAUUUUGUACUUCAAUGCCUGUCAUUGCGAUUUUUUUAUCAUACUUCUGUGAUAUUUUAAAAGACUAUAAUUAUUAUGAACAGAUCGAAUUGGAUCAGCCUUUGAGAAAACACACAACCAUUUUUUUGUCACUCUUAUUCGUCCUAGUCGAAUUAGUUCCGGGAAUAACAGUAUACUUUUCCGUCACAAAUGUCAGAAAGCUUUUAAGUUGCACGAUUUCCAUUGCAAUGAGCAUAAUAUUUGUUCUGGAAGCUUUUAAGGUCAAAAUUGUUUUGUUUUUAUAG